CACUCAUUGGUUGUUAGGACAGAGCCUCAUUCGCCGAUGUUGGGUAACCCAUAGGUGUUACAUUUGGCAUACAACAACAAAGAUGGGGACGGAGCAGAGCAUCCUGGCACAGAAUGGCUAUGUACUACAAAAAGAAACAAAAAAUGCUGUUGUUGCCAAAAAGGGAGAUGACACAUUUCUCAUUAAAAAGAUCAUUUUCGAUCAGACUACCGGAAAUGCGGAUUCAGCAUUAACCUCAGAGAUAGAUAUCCUCAAGACAACAUACCAUCCUCACAUUGUGAACAGCAAAAACUCUUUCCAAGAUACAGAUCAGAAGACGUAUUAUAUUGUGAUGGACUACUGUCAGGGAGGGAGCCUUGCUGCAAAGAUCACAAAGAUGAGUGACUCUCCAAAGGAGAUUGAGGUACUGAGCUGGAUUGUUGAAAUCUGUAUGGCUUUGAGAACCAUUCAUGAAAAAGGCUUGCUACACAAACAUCUGACACCACAGAACAUACUCCUCACAGAAUUCGGUUUAGUGUGCCUGGACGGAUUUGGAAGAAUCCAUGAAAAUUCAGAAAACACUGCAGCAAAUCUGUUGGAAACUAAAUAUCUGCCACCGGAAGCCUUUGUGAAUGAGACCUAUGAUGCUAAAAGUGACAUUUGGUCAGUGGGUUGCAUACUCUACGAGCUCUGUACUCGACAACUGGCAUUCUCAGCAGAGACUACAAUCGAGAUCAAGGCGAAGAUAAUGACUGGUCCUUACCCGUCUCUCACAGAGCCAUUUUCACCAGUGAUUUGUGAACUAUUGAGUGAUAUGUUAAAUAAAGACACACAAUCAAGACCAACAGCCAGUGAGAUCCUGGGGCGUCCUUUUAUUCAGAGCUUUCUCUCAAAAAAGUGCAAAACAAUGGCGGAGAACUCCAGACCAAGUUGGACAAGCUAAAGGAAGUGGCUGACAAUUUGGAACGCGUGCAUGUAGGCACC